AUGUCGGCGCUCUCAGAGGCAGAUAGACGCGACAUUGGCCAGCACUUCGUCUUCGGCUUCCAUGGCCACACAGCCAGUGAUGACAUUAAAACGCUCAUCACGGAUUAUUUCCUUGGUCAUGUCAUCCUCUUCAAACGGAACGUCCAGAGCAUCGCCCAGGUCCACGCCAUCACUACCGAACUGCAAUCACUCGCAAAGGCAGCGGGCCACGAACGCCCGCUGAUGAUAGGCAUAGACCAAGAGAACGGACUUGUGUCUGCGUUCAGCAUCCCCAACGCAGGAACCAGCAAACGCAGUCCAGGUGCGAUGGCCCUGGCGGCAUCGGGAUCUACCGACCUCGCUACCGAGGUCACCACUGCAACCGCGAAAGAGCUCAAGGCGGCCGGAAUCAACUGGGUAUACAGCCCCGUGGCUGAUGUGAAUAACGAUCCAAGGAAUCCUGUCAUUGGCGUUCGUUCCUACAGCGAUGAUCCUACCGUUGCUUCCCGCUUCGUGAAGGCGGUCAGCGAGGCGCACACUGCGCACAAAGUAGCGCCCUCCGCUAAGCACUUCCCCGGACACGGCAACACCCACGUCGAUUCCCAUCUCAGCCUCCCACGCAUCAACGUCGACAAGGACUCCCUCGCAUCGAUCGAGUUGGUUCCUUUCAAUGCGCUCGUCAAGAUUGGGAUCGCGAGCAUCAUGACCGGCCACAUGGCGCUUCCUCUGGUCACCGGCGACGACACGCCAUGCUCGCUCUCGCGCGCGAUCACCACCGACCUUCUCCGCGGAGAGAUGGGCUACCAAGGUGUUGUCGUGACCGACUGUCUGGAGAUGGAGGCCGUAGCCGAAACGUACGGCUCCGAGGGCGGUGCUGUGCGCGCACUCCAAGCAGGCGCGGACGUCGUGAUGAUCUGCCACACCUACAAACGGCACGUUGGGGCUAUCGAAGCAGCCUACGCCGCCGUCGCGUCCGGCGCGCUCUCGAUGGACGAGCUCCUCGCGAGCGGCGCGCGCGUGGCGGCCAUGAAGGACGCCUUCGCGGGCUCCUGGGACGACAUCUUCGCACCUCUCCGCCCAUCGGACGUUGCGGCGUUGCAGGACGCGAACGCAACGCUGAGCGCACGAGCGUACGCCGCGACGAUCGCGCACCUGCCGAACUCCGCGACAUUCACGCCUCUCUCUACCGCCGGUUCAGCCGUGGUGUUCACCCCGCGCAUGGAGUCGCUGAACCGCGCGGUGGACGACGCGGAGAGUCAGCUGCGGGACGCGGCCGGGCGGCUGCGGAACACGGUCGGGCCCUCGUACUCCGCCUUCGCGCAGGCGGUGGCCACCCGGGUGUCGCAGGUCGAGCACGUCGUCUACGCCCCCGGGGAUGAGCUCGACGCGCCGCUGCUGGAGCACAUCCGCGGCGCUGGGUCGGUGAUCUUCGCGACGCGAAACGGGUACGACACGGGCGCGUGGCAGACCGAGUAUCUGCGCAAGGUGGUCGCGGCCGUCGCGUCGACUGGUGGGGCCGGGAGGAUGGCGACGGUGUCGACAUGCGCGCCGUACGACCUGCUGGCGUUGGAGAAGCUGGAGGUCCCCGCGAUCGCGACAUUCGAGUUCACGGUGCCUGCGCUGACCGCAGCUGCGGCGGCAUUGUAUGGGGAGUCGGUAAUCUCCGGCACUGUGCCGGUGAAGGUGUAG